ACGCAGGGGGGGCGGCCGGGGGACCGGUCGGGCCGGGACCAAGGGCACCAUGUCGUCUGGGGCCAAGGAGGGGGGCGGGGGCUCCCCCGCCUAUCACCUCCCCCACCCGCACCCACACCCACCCCAGCACGCCCAAUAUGUGGGCCCCUAUCGGCUGGAGAAGACACUGGGCAAAGGACAGACAGGGCUGGUGAAACUAGGGGUGCAUUGUAUCACGGGCCAGAAAGUUGCCAUCAAGAUCGUGAAUCGGGAGAAGUUGUCGGAGUCGGUGCUGAUGAAGGUGGAGCGGGAGAUCGCCAUUCUAAAGCUCAUUGAACACCCACAUGUCCUCAAACUCCACGAUGUCUACGAGAACAAGAAAUAUUUGUAUCUGGUUCUGGAGCACGUCUCUGGGGGUGAGUUGUUCGACUACCUAGUAAAAAAGGGGAGACUGACCCCCAAGGAGGCCCGGAAGUUCUUCCGUCAGAUCGUGUCAGCGCUGGACUUCUGCCAUAGCUAUUCCAUCUGCCACAGAGACCUGAAGCCUGAGAACCUACUCCUGGAUGAGAAAAACAACAUCCGCAUCGCUGACUUCGGUAUGGCCUCCCUGCAGGUGGGGGACAGCCUCCUGGAGACCAGUUGUGGGUCCCCCCAUUAUGCGUGUCCAGAGGUGAUUAAGGGGGAAAAGUAUGAUGGGCGGCGGGCAGACAUGUGGAGCUGUGGAGUCAUCCUCUUUGCCCUGCUUGUGGGGGCUCUGCCCUUUGAUGACGACAACCUCCGCCAGCUGCUGGAGAAGGUGAAACGGGGCGUCUUCCACAUGCCCCACUUCAUCCCUCCAGACUGCCAGAGCCUCCUGAGGGGCAUGAUCGAGGUGGAGCCAGAGAAGAGGCUCAGUCUGGAGCAAAUUCAGAAACAUCCCUGGUACCUGGGCGGGAAACACGAGCCAGACCCCUGCCUGGAGCCAGCCCCGGGCCGCCGGGUAGCAAUGAGGAGCCUUCCGUCCAAUGGAGAGCUGGACCCCGACGUCCUGGAGAGCAUGGCGUCACUGGGCUGCUUCAGGGACCGCGAGCGGCUACACCGCGAGCUGCGGAGCGAGGAGGAGAACCAAGAAAAGAUGAUAUAUUACCUGCUUUUGGAUCGGAAGGAGCGGUAUCCCAGCUGUGAGGAUCAGGACUUGCCUCCCCGGAAUGAUGUUGACCCACCCCGGAAACGUGUGGACUCCCCCAUGCUGAGCCGUCAUGGGAAGCGACGGCCAGAACGGAAGUCCAUGGAGGUCCUGAGCAUCACUGAUGCAGGGGGUGGUGGAUCCCCUGUGCCCACUCGACGAGCCUUGGAGAUGGCCCAGCACAGCCAGAGAUCCCGCAGUGUCAGUGGAGCAUCCACCGGUCUGUCCUCCAGUCCACUAAGCAGCCCAAGGAGUCCCGUUUUUUCCUUCUCACCGGAACCUGGCGCUGGAGAUGAGGCCCGGGGUGGGGGCUCCCCGACUUCCAAAACACAAACGCUGCCUUCUCGGGGCCCCAGGGGUGGGGGCGCCGGGGAGCAGCCCCCGCCCCCCAGUGCCCGCUCCACACCCCUGCCUGGUCCCCCAGGCUCCCCACGUUCCUCUGGGGGGACCCCCUUGCACUCUCCUCUGCACACGCCCCGGGCCAGCCCGACUGGGACCCCGGGGACAACACCGCCCCCCAGCCCGGGUGGUGGCGUUGGGGGAGCCGCCUGGAGGAGUCGUCUCAACUCUAUCCGCAACAGCUUCUUGGGCUCCCCUCGCUUUCACCGGCGCAAGAUGCAGGUCCCCACCGCGGAGGAGAUGUCCAGUUUGACGCCAGAGUCCUCUCCAGAGCUGGCAAAACGCUCCUGGUUCGGGAACUUCAUCUCCCUGGACAAAGAAGAACAAAUAUUCCUCGUGCUAAAGGACAAACCUCUCAGCAGCAUCAAAGCGGACAUUGUCCAUGCCUUCUUGUCGAUCCCCAGCCUGAGUCACAGCGUGCUGUCACAGACCAGCUUCAGGGCCGAGUACAAGGCCAGUGGCGGCCCUUCCGUCUUCCAGAAGCCUGUCCGCUUCCAGGUGGACAUCAGCUCCUCUGAGGGUCCAGAGCCUUCCCCUAGGCGGGAUGGCAGUGGUGGUGGUUGCAUCUACUCCGUCACCUUCACGCUCAUCUCUGGUCCCAGCCGUCGUUUCAAGCGUGUGGUGGAGACCAUCCAGGCACAGCUGCUAAGCACUCACGACCAGCCCUCCGUGCAGGCCCUAGCAGAUGAGAAGAAUGGUGCCCAGACCCGGCCUGCGGGUACCCCACCCCGAAGCCUGCAGCCCCCACCCAGCCGCCCAGACCCAGAGCUCAGCGGCUCUCCCCGUCGAGGCCCCCCUAAGGACAAGAAGCUCCUGGCCACCAAUGGAACCCCUUUACCCUGACCCCAGGGGGCCAGGGAGGGAGGGGAACCACUUCUACCCCCCUUCCCUGCCCCCCAACUGUGAAUCUGUAAAUAGGGCCCAAGGAGUAAGUGGGGGGGACACAAAACCGGCCUUGCCCUGCAGGGAUAGGGCUCAAGGGGCCGUGCCCAGUGGGGGGGAUCUAGGGGGAACUGGGGGCGGGGGAGCUGUUUCUAUUUUAUUUAUUGAUUAAUUUAUUAUUUUAUUUAUUGAUCAAUCUUUCUGCAGGGUGGGGUGGGGGAGGGACGGGAGCUGGUUGGGGUGGCUUAGCAGAUCCGGACAGGGCCAUCUGUCCCUGUGUCCCCAACUCCCCCCUUCCCAGGACCCCUGGCUCCCCACCCCCACCCUCAGUCCCCCUGUUCUCAAUGCCUCCCUCCCAAAAAUGUUCUGUACGGAUUUGCUCUCCGGAAGGAAUUCUGGUUUUGCGUGAUCCUGCCUGCGUCCUUGUCUCUGAUUCCGCCGGCAGCAAAAAAAAAAUAAAUAACCUUGAUCAGGGAUUGCUGGCUGGCCUUGGGCUCUCGCUUCCUGGCUGCAGGCUGGCCUGGAUACCCCUUGGCCCUGGUGGCAGUGGCAGGGCCAUGCUAAAUCGCAGCCUCUGUAACCGGUUGUCCACAGCCCCACACACAUCCAUUCAGCUCCAGGGCAGGGAAUGGGAGAAUGGUCAGCAAAAGCCUCCCUGUCCUCAGCCAGCUGGACAGCUUCCUUGGUGGCUCAUGGGGUGGACCUGGGACUGAACUCCUCCUUCUUUCUUCCUCGGCUGCUGGGAAAGGUCCCAGUCAUUGCCCCUGGGACAGCUGGAUCUGCACAGAGCUGGGGGAGGCUGGUGUCGGUGGAGGGCUGAUGCCAGGGGCCGCCUGAAGAAAUAGGGUGCAGCCAUCCAGGCAGGAGAAGUCAACAGAUAAGAGGCCAAAGAGACUGAACAGCAGCAUAGCCACGGCCCAUUCACAGGAUGCAGAGGCAGAGCGCAGCGGCACCCAGGAGUGGAGGACAACCACUUUACACCAGGGUCAAGGGUCUGAGCGGACAGACAGCAGUGCCCCCACACACACCACACCCAGAGGAGCAGGGACCAACUUGGGUACUGUGUGACCUUGGGCAGGACUGAGGCCUCUCUGGGUACCCUCUCACCAUAUGUUUCUUUGCCCUGACCACAGGAAUCCCUGGGUGAUGUAGACAAUUUACACGCUCAGCUGCAAGCCCAAAGGCUGGAGGUUCCAGUCCACCCAGACACAUCUUGGAAGAAACGCCUGGCUGUCUACUUCCGAAAAAUCAGCCAUUGAAGACCCUAGGUCCUUGGGUGGUGCAAACAGUUAAGAGCUCAACUACUAGCCAAAAGGUUGGCAGUUCAGACCCAUCCAGAGAUGCCUCAGAAGUCAGGUCACAGCCUUGAGAACCCGAUGGAGCAGUUCUAUUCUGUACACCUGUGGUCUUCAUGAGUCAUAAUCAACUUGA